CACUGUCUAGUCACUUAAUUGUUUGCUUAUUUUUCAGUGUUGGGGGUAGAAUUCAAUGACUCCACCACUGAGCUGCACCCACAACCCUCGCUGGCCUCCACCAUUUCCUAGAAAAGAGGAGGAGAAAAUGGCCGAAUUUCAGGGGAUGGUGACGUUCAAGGACGUGGCUGUGGUGUUCAGCGAGGAGGAGCUGGAGCUGCUGGACGCUGCCCAGAGGAAGCUGUACCGGGAGGUGAUGCUGGAGACCUUCAGGACGCUGCUGUCAGUGGCACAUGAGCCCUUCAAACCGGGUCUGAUAGCCCAGCUGGAGACUGAAGAGAAGAUUGGCAUGGUGGAGGCCCGGGGAGGUGGGCUCUCAGGUGGGAGCUGCUGGGUCAGAAGCAAGUACGGGCAUGCUGUGGAAUUUAACUCCUGUUGCCCCAGAGUGCUCUGCUCCUGUCAGACCUGGCCACAUGGUGCAGGCGUGCUACCCAGGGGACAGGAUUCCAUGAAACGAUGUCCAGAGAGGAACACUGAGUCUCAGAACCAAGGAGAUUCUCCUUGCCUGGUGUGUGCAGGCAUGCCAGUUCAGAUUUCUGAAGAUGGGAACUACGUGCUGCCUCCUGAAGAUGAUGAGUCUGCCUCUAUGAAAAAUCAAGGGUUUCCUUCACUGAGCGCCAAGCAGUCUUUGUGGGAGUCACAUCUCCGUAGGGCGUGUAAUUGUGCAUGGGAAGGUCAGCACACGUUCACGAGAAACCACUUGUGUAGGUGUGACAUCAUCAGCUGGUUCCCAUGCCGCAGUGACAAUGAGGGGUUACACAGAAAGGGGGAGAGCCAUAGUUUCCAUGACUACAGAGGAGAGACCAUGGAGGUGCCCUCACUUAAGCAGGACUUGAUGAAACCAGGGCCCGAGCCCUGCCCGGGUCCCGAGGGUAGAAAAGCCUGGAGUCAUGGCAACAGUGAGGACCACAGCUGUCUCUCACAUCAGCAGUUCCUCUCAGGAGGGAAGGCCUGGACACACAGUUCACGUGGAAAGAGCUGUCACGACAGGUCAGCCCUUCACAUCCAUCACAGUGUGGAGACUGGAGAUGAAGGUGCUGCUGAGGGUCCUCCUCUGUGUUCCCCUCUGAGAGCGUGUGCGGAGCAAGCACUGUGCCAGUCCAGUGAGAACAUCCACCCUGACUCCCCUCCUAACGCUUGUGGGUGUGCCCGCCCAGGCGGCACCUCCCAGAACUGCAGCAUCCCCGAGAGAACGUCUGAUUGUUGUUUACACUGUAAUAGUGGUUUUAGGGCCCACACUAGGGAAGAGCCCAACAAAUAUGAGGAGAAUGGGAAUGUUUCUAACCAGAGUUUAUAUCUCCCAGUUAAUCAGAGCAUCCAUGCUGAAGAGAAGCUAUAUCCAGGUGUGGAGGGUGGGAAAGCUUUCACACAGUGUUUAAAUUUCAACCCUCAUCUCAGAGUUGAUGUGGAAGAGACUCUCUAUAACUCUGAGUGUGGUAACCACUACAGUCUGCCCCCACAUUUCCAGGACUUUCCAAGAGUGCAUACCAGGGAGCAGCCACAUAAACAUUCAUGCAGUACCAGCUUCAGUCAAAAUGUGUGUGUUCAAGGCCAUCAGCAACUUCACCCCCGAGAGAAACCUUUUAAUAAAGAGGGUAGGAAUGGAUGUAACUGGAGUUCCAGCCCCAAAGAUCAUCAGAAACAGAAGCCACACAAAUGCAUCACCUGUGGGAAAGGGUUCAGUCACAGAUGGGUUCUUAACAUUCACCAGAGGGUGCACACAGGAGAGAAACCAUACAAGUGUGAGGAGUGUGGGAAGGUCUUCAGCCAGAGUGCCUACCUGCAUGCACACCAGAGAGUUCACACCGGAGAGAAACCAUACAAGUGUGAGGAGUGUGGGAAGUGCUUCAGUCGGAAUUCCUACCUGCAAGGCCACCAGAGAGUUCACACCGGAGAGAAACCAUACAAGUGUGAGGAGUGUGGGAAGGAGUUCAGUCGGAGUUCACACCUUCAAAGCCACCAGAGAGUUCACACCGGGGAGAAACCAUACAAGUGUGAGGUUUGUGGGAAGGGCUUCAGCUGGAGCUUUAAUCUGCAAAUUCAUCAGCGGGUUCACACUGGAGAAAAACCGUAUAGAUGUGGAGAAUGUGGCAAAGGCUUCAGCAAGGCCUCAACUCUUCUGGCCCAUGAGAGAGUCCACACUGGAGAGAAGCCUUACCAGUGUGAGGAGUGUGGGAAGGGCUUCAGUCAGAAAUCAUACCUUCAAAGCCACCAGAGUGUUCAUUCUGGAGAGAGACCAUACAAGUGUGAGGAGUGUGGCAAGGGCUUCAGCCAGAGAGCAUAUCUACAGGGUCACCAUAGAGUCCAUACCACCGUGAAACCAUACAGAUGUGAGACGUGUGGGAAGGGCUUCAGCCAGAGUUCCCGCCUCCAAGCACAUCACACUGUCCACUUGGAGGGAAAACCAUACAAAUGUGAGGCGUGUGCGAAGGGAUUUAGUGAGAGUUCCCGUCUCCUAGCACAUCAGAGGAUCCACACAGAAGGAAAACCCUACAGAUGUGAACAGUGUGGUAAGGGCUUCAGUGGGUCUUCCAGUCUCCAUGCCCAUCAGAGAGUCCACACCGGGGAGAAGCCUUACAAAUGUGAGGUGUGUGGGAAGGGCUUCAGCCAGAGAUCAAAUCUUCAAGCUCAUCAACGAGUCCACACGGGAGAGAAACCCUACACAUGUGAUGUGUGUGGUAAGGGUUUCCGUUGGAGCUCAGGCCUUCUGAUCCACCAAAGAGUCCAUAGCAGCAAAAAGUUCUGUCGGAGGGAAGAGUGUAGGAAUAGUCAUUCUUCUGAUGACCUAUACAGAAAUGAAGGCCUGUCAGAUCUGUCAAAUGCUGUUCUCUUUUGUCAAUGAAAACAGUGUUCAUACCCACACAUGAAUGUCAGGUGUGGUUGGGAAACAACAUGGUUUAGAGCUAUACCAAGAGUUUUUCAAAAUGAACAAACUAUUGCAGAGGAUCAAGAACUUCUCAACAUGCGUGCCAGCAGGAAUUAAGUACAAUGUCCUUGUCCACUAGAACAUAACCUUCAUGAUAGAGACAUUGUCUACUGCCAAGGCCGUAAGACCGUGACUAGAUAUGUGGCUCAGCUAUGAUGAGCACUGGCUGCUUUUGAAGAAGACCACAUGGAAUCUGUCUACAUGGGACCCAGACAUAUGUUCAGGCAAAUCACUCAUAUACAUGAAAAUAAAUGAAUGAAACCAUG